AGCUCUUUUGUCUGUUGCAAGGCCAACGAAGUCGGAGGUCGCCACAAUUUCAGAACAACACUGGCAAAACGAUGACUGACGAAAACCUCCCUCCCCAGAGCAUCAGGCGCAUCGUUCUGCUCAUACCUUUCUUGAACAGACAAUCAGCUCUCCUUCUCUCCUAAGAUCGAAUUAACAGCAAGAAUGAUGAUGAAGCAGAGCCUUACCUUCGUGUUGUCUUUUGUUUUCUUGGGACUUGCCACUGCCGCACCAGAGUCUAGUCAGCAAGACAAGGCCCCAGUGACAAGAGUUCGUAGAGGUCUCAUCAAUGUCAAGCAACAACAAGCAGACGAAUUGAAACGUUUAACCAAUGAGUUUGGUGAAGGCAACCGCGACCUCGAGGAAGAAGACAUGGCGGCUCUUCUAGGCGAAGACAUGAGCUUCUCCUUCGAAGACAUGAGUUUCUCAUAUGACUACGAAGAAUACGAAGAAGUAGAAGAGACAGGUGGAGGAAAGGGCAAAGGCAAAGGAAAGGGCAAGGGCAAUGGUGCAAGUCGCUAAGCUUUAUCCAUUGCCAUCGCACACCAGGUGAGGCCACACAGGAACAACGGCGCUAUUUCGAUGAAGCUUGGUUUCACACGCAGUACCAAUGGGUACAGUAUGAACCAGCAUCAUCAAGCAUUGUGUUUCUUAGUGGGACAGCGGCAAGAUGUUGCGGCUGAGAGAUCGCCUCUCCGGAUAUACUUUUCUCCAAUUCCCAUGUAUUCAUUUAAUAUAUGUCCUUGUGCAAGAGUGAUCUUAUUCUUUGGAACGUUAAUGGUUAUAGAUUCUUGAUGAUUGAUAUAUUCCU